UUGAUUAGCUAGCAUGUGAUGCUUUAAGUUUUUAAAUUAAACAACCAGCACGAGUGCAAGAUCGGCUUAGAACUAGAGCUGGUGAUACAAACGGUGGAUGCAUUGAUAAUCUAUUGCCAAUUUGGAUCUCAGUGCUGGAUGCAUCUUCUGAGAUCCGACAUCAAUUAGACAGAACAAAGGACAAAUGGAAAAGUUAAUAAAGCCAUUACAACUAGACAAAGAGAGGAUGAGAUUCCUUUUGUUUUCUUUAUGACCAAUAUAUGCAAAUGGAGAGGCACUCUGAUUCCAACAUCUUCACAGGCUUCUUAGGCUUAACAUUCCCAUCAAAUAGUUGCAUUCUAGUUCAGGGGAAAAAAUGGCAACCUCUAUUCCAAAUCCAAAAUUCUCUAGCCAUUCUCGUUCAAUCAGUUUGCCUUCUUCAUCUCAUCCACUUAUUGUUACUGCUGAGGAACAUCUGCAAAAAUUGAAGUCAUCAGAAGGGGCAUCCUCAACUUCACAUUCAUUGGCAUGCCAAAAAUUGGAUGGCCUCAAGAACUUGUACGAGUGUCUGGACGAUGUGCUUCAGCUCCCUUUGAGUCAACAAGCUCUCUCAAAUGAAAGACUUGGAACAUGGGAAGAAGAGGUCUUGGAUGGAUCUCUUAGGCUGUUGGACAUUUGUGGGGCACUAAGAGACAUCUAUUUACAGACAAAGGAAAGUGUGCAGGAACUUCAAUCAUCUCUACGGAGGAAAAGAAGUGGAAAUUUGGACAAUGAAGUCUGCUCAUAUAUGAUCUGCAAAAAGAACUUGAAUAAAAUGAUAAGCAAAUGCUGCAAGGAAUUGAAGAAAGCAGAGAAGAACUGCAACUUGGCAGUGGUAAACAAAGAUUGCGCCGUGCUUAACCUGAUCAAAGAAGUUCAAGUUGUUAGUCUUCCAGUGUUGGAGUCUGUUCUAUCUUUCCUUUCUGGAUCAAAGGCAGGGUCACAUCCAAGAGGUUGGUUCUUGGUCUCAAAGUUAUUACAGCAAAAGAGAGCAUCACAGGGAGGAGACUCCAGCACUGCUGCAAUUGAGCAAAUAGAAAUUCAGUUGCAUCUCUUGAACAAAAAUAAGUCAAACAAGGAUGUACUUGAAAAACUUGAGGGAGUGGACUCGAGCAUUGAAGAAUUAGCAGAGGUGCUUGAAAUUGUGUUCAGGCUUUUGCUUAAAACCAGAGUUUCCCUUCUCAACAUUGUCAACCACUAGUUUAGGUCACAAUCAGAAUGGCUUCUCAAAAACCAUGCACCUCAAUUUUGUUUACGUUAACCUUUGUACAAGUGUAUAUAUAUACACACAUCUCAGAAAUGAUUACAGUACUGAAACUGUUUAUC